AUGAUUACCCGUUUCAAAAAAUAUUUAAGAUAUAAUUAUGAUCGAAACGUUGUUGAGGUUUUCAAGCCGCUUUACAUGUUGCUGUCAGUGACGGGGUUGUUUCCCUACGCCGUGGAGUUCCCGAGAGGAAGACGCGACACCACAAUAACACGGAAAUCAUUGAUUAAAGUGUACAACCAGCUGAUAUUCUCCACGGUGCCCGACGCCAUACCCAGCCUGGUGGUCGCGUUUUAUAGCGCCAUGGUGCUGUUGGUGGUUUGUUUAUUGAAAAAUAUUGAAGAACAUUGUCAAAUGAUAGUCAGCACCGAUCGAGUGAGAACAGCGUUCGCCACAAAUAGUUCUGAAAGUAUUGACAGAAGAGUGACUUGUGGCGGAUUGGGAAAAGAUUGGGUUCGUGUUGACAAUUUGGAGCAAGUUUACGUAAAGGUGUUGGAGAUAAAACAGGACAUAAACAACGCGUUCCAAGCGCCUAUAUCUCUGAUCAUCAUCCAAUGCUUCCACGGCCUCCUGAGCGAGUCGCACGCGCUGUACAGCCGCCUCGUCGUGGACAUGAGCUUCGACGCCCACCUGCUGGUGGAACAGACCUUCUUGGCCACCAAGAUCGGUCAAGCAUUGCACAAUAUUCCGACGGCAAAUCAGAACAAUCGACUUUUAAUGGAGAUACAACACUUUGCCACUCUGAUGUCGUUCCGUAAACCCGUAGUGACCGUUUACGACUACUUCUCAUUGGACGCAACUUUGCUAUUCAGCAAGGUGGCAUCUGCUGCAAUGUAUUUAGUGAUUUUGGUACAGUUCGACAAACCUGAAUAAUUUGUAGACAAAUCGUGCUCAAAAUUCAACCAAACAAUGAAAUACACGGCAUUACUUCGUCACGAUUAUGUACAAUAAAUAAUAUUUUGCGAGAAUCUUUUAACUUAAGACUUCUUAUUUCCUAAUGAUGGACAAAACACCACUUGAACUGUCAAAAGCAGCUAAUAAAGGAAUAAGCUAAGCUUUAAUAAAGGAAUUCAAACCGUAUUUAUGACAAUUUUAAUUCACAGCUUUUACAUUUGCAACAUAUACGUGUGUGUGUUACCAACAAGUGGACUUUUUUAAAGGAACGUAAUCUUACAUAACUUAACCACGCCCUAAUUAAUUAAUCAUUUACAUGUUGACUUUAUAAACUUUCUAAAUGUUUUUGUAUUGCCAGCAAUGUACAUACUUGUCAAGUGAGGGCAAUGACAUGCAGUGACAGCUCAUAAGUUUAGUAUGAGCGAUGUGAGUAUUUGACAAUCAAGAAGUGCACGAGUUACAUUGAAUAUUGGGAUUUCGGAAAAUUACUUUUUCAGUUAAUUUAAAUAACUAUGAUUUGGUGGUUAUUAUUGGUUUUAAUAAAGGUCCAGGUGCUGAUAACACACUGUAUGUUUACGCAAACAUUCACAGCUUUUACUUACUUGCUUUUUAUUGUAGGUACAAUACAAAUAAAUGAAUAACCUAACCACAAAAUUAAAAUUUUGAAAAAACCCCGACCGCGACAUAGUGGCCGAUUUUCAUGAAACAUGUCUAAGAACACUCCCGACUAACUCAGC